AUGGAAUCGUAUGGAACAACGGCAAAUGGCGAAGGGGAGGAACUAUUGGAUUUUGAUAGGGCGAUGCGCGACUUCCAGCAAAUGUUCCCAAACGUUUGCGCCGCGCAAAUCGAGUACGUCCUUCGGAAAUACGACGGAGACGUGUCGGCGACGAUCAACGAGCUACUCUACGAUAAUGGCAACGAUGGUACUUCUCCAGCAUCUACAGCAACGUCUUCUACACCGUAUAUGCCACGUGGCAACGAUAUUUUGAGCCAACUACGACGACGACGACAUGAGAUCAACGAAAAGCUGAGGGAUAAUCAGAAGCUGUUGGAUAGGGUCACAGAUGUGGACACGGCGAGAGCCUACGAGGACCAACAGCUCGCUCUACUGCUCGAGCAUCGCGAGGUGAGCACACUUAUCAGUGAGCAAAAAGCAACAUGA